AUGAUGAAGUUUGUGGUCCUGGCUCUCUUUGUUGCUGCUGCCUACGGGUGCGGCGUGCCCACCUUCCCUCCUGUGGUGACCAAGGUGGUUGGAGGACACGAUGUCGUACCUAACAGCUGGCCCUGGCAGAUUUCACUGCAGUACAACAGAAAUGGAGAGUGGAGACACACCUGUGGAGGCACAUUGAUCUCUGACCAGUGGGUCCUCACUGCUGCUCACUGCAUCAGCGACAGGGAAUACAGAGUGGCCAUGGGAAAACACAACCUGAUCGAGACCGAGCAGGCCGCUGUGUUCAUGGCCCCUGCUAACAUUAUUGUGCAUGAGAAGUGGAACCCCUUGUUCAUCCGUAAUGACAUUGCCCUAAUCAAGCUGGAGUCCCCUGUCACUUUCACUGACACCAUCAUGGCUGCUUGUCUCCCCCCUGCCGGCUUCAUCCUGCCACAUAACAACUCCUGCUUUGUCACUGGAUGGGGUCGCCUUUACACCGGAGGUCCCAUCGCUGACAUCCUGCAGCAGGCUCUCCUGCCCGUGGUGGACCACGCUACCUGCUCCAAGUCAGACUGGUGGGGCUUUCAGGUGAAGGACACCAUGGUCUGUGCAGGCGGAGAUGGAGUUGUGUCUGGUUGCAACGGAGACUCUGGUGGCCCUCUGAACUGCCAGAAUGCUACUGGCGCCUGGGAGGUUCACGGUAUCGUCAGCUUUGGCUCCGGGCUCAGCUGCAACUUCCCCAAGAAGCCCACUGUCUUCACCCAAGUCAGCUCCUACAGUGAUUGGAUCAGCUCCAAAAUGGUGGCCUAUUGAGAGGACAGGCUUUUGAGAUCA